CUGUAGCUGUCAUCUGUCACCGGCAGUGUGUCAUCAAACGUGGAGUCUCAAUUCCACGAAUUUCUCCGUAUGUUUAUCAAUCUCAGAGGAUUUUGUCACACAAAAGUCUCAACUUCUGUGCAUCUUCUCGCGAUUGCGCGUGGAGUUUGAGCAAAAAGUGGUGCGGAAGUGGCGGAAAAGAGCAGAAAACUGGAGCAAUGAAGUGUCAGUGAGGUGCCAUAAAGCAUUACGCAUGCGCCCUCUUCGGUGUGAGCGUCUGCUAUAAAGACUUGUAAAAUCACUCUCAUCGUCUCGUAUUUCCCUUGUGUGCUUCGAACAUUUCUGGGACUUAGAAAAUUUUUCGCUUAGCUAGCAUAAGAUGAGCGUGGAAAAUCCCCAAGUGGAGGCAACUGUGGAGGCUACGGAGUCCGUGAAGAGCGUGAAUGGAGAGCAACGCCUGAAUGGGAUCAGCAAUGGACACUCGGACACAGUGAGCUCAUCUGCUGGUUCUGGUGGCGAGAAGAGGCACAAGAGUAGCCAUCAUAAGUCAUCGAAGGACAAGCACAGAGACAAGGAGCGGAGUGAACACAAGUCUAGCUCCAAGUCGAGUCAUCGUGACAAGGAUCGCGAUAAGAGUUCAUCAUCGAGCAAUCAUCAUAAGGACAAAGAGAAGUCCAGCUCUUCGUCGCAUCACAAGUCAUCGCGCGAUAAAGAUCGUGAUCGCGAGAAGCAUCACAAGAGCAGCCGCGAUGACAAGGAGCGCAGCAAAGAUGACAAGGAGAGAAGCAAGGAUGAGAAAUCAAGCAAAGAUCGGGACAAGGAUAAAGAGAAAUCGCGAGACAAGACAUCUUCUUCCUCUGGUGAGAAACAUCGCGACAGGGAUAAAGAAAAAGACAAAGAUCGUCAUCACAAGUCCUCAUCGUCAUCUCACAGCAGCAGCAAGGACAAGGAUAAACAUUCCAGCAGCUCCUCUAAGCAUCGUGAGCAUCACAAGGAGCACAAGGAUCAUCAUCGAGACAAGGAGAAAGAACGCGAGAGGCGAGAGCGCAAAGAGAAAGAGAGACGUGAAAAGGAAAAGCGCGCCAAGGAGGAACAGGAGAACUCCAACGACAGGGAUGUUGAGAACGUGAAUGAGAUGGAUCCUCUGGCCACAUCGUGGCUGCAAGACAACAAAAUGAAGAUGGAUCCUGUUGUGAAGAUCGAGCCGCUAGACACGUCAAAGGCCAGCUCUUGCGAUUACUCCUUGUCGCAGUUUAAUCCCAACGAGACGUCGUUUCAGCUGAAAGUGGAGGAAGAGGAGGGCGAAGAAGAAGUGAGUAUCAAGCAGGAAGACGAAGAGGAGGAGGAAGACGACGAGGAGGAUAUUCCACUGCAUAAGCGAAAAGCUCGUGAAGCUGUAUCGUCAGAUGAGGAGGACGAGAAGCCACUGACGGUGAGGAAAAAGGUGAAAAAUGAGAAGAAGAAUAAAAGGCGCUCCUACAAUUCCGACGAUGAUGAUGAUGAGGAUGAGAAGCCCAAGAAGAAGAAAGUGAAGAAGGAGAAACAAAAGAUCAAGACGAAAGCAGAGAUAAAGACAGAGUUGAAUGAUUCUCAAUCACCGACCAAGGGAAAGAAGAAGAAGGAGGAGGAGACUGAAGUGUGGAAAUGGUGGGAAGAAGAGAAGCGCGAGGAUGGAGUGAAGUGGAAUUUCCUGGAGCACAAGGGACCAGUUUUUGCCCCACCGUACGUUCCGUUGCCGGAUAAUGUGAUCUUUGAAUAUGACGGACGCAAGAUGAGACUGUCUCAAGAUGCUGAAGAGAUUGCCACCUUCUAUGCAAAAAUGCUUGAGCAUGAUUACACGUCAAAGAAGGUGUUCAAUGAUAAUUUCUUCAAGGACUGGCGCAAGUCGAUGACACGUCAGGAGCGCGAAGUGAUCACGGAUCUGAAGAAAUGCAAUUUCCGCAGUAUGCAUGCGUACUUCCAAAAAAUAUCUGAGGCUAAUAAGAAUCGCACGAAGGAGGAGAAGGCGCGCCUCAAGGAGGAGAAUGAGCUCCUGAUUAAGGAGUAUGGAUUCUGCACUAUUGAUGGGCACAAGGAGAAGAUUGGUAAUUUCAAAAUUGAGCCGCCCGGUCUCUUUCGCGGACGAGGAGAGCAUCCCAAGAUGGGAAUGGUGAAGAGACGGGUGGUGGCGAGCGAUAUUCUGAUCAAUUGCGCCAAAAACAGCCAAAUACCGAAGCCUCCGCCUGGGUUUAAGUGGAAGGAGGUGCGCCACGACAACACUGUGACGUGGCUGGCAUCGUGGAUAGAGAAUAUCCAGGGUCAGGUGAAGUACAUCAUGUUGAAUCCCAGCUCGAAGCUAAAGGGUGAGAAGGAUUGGCAAAAGUACGAAACGGCGAGACGUCUGGAUAAGGUGAUUGAAAAGAUUCGGUCGACGUAUCGGGAAGAGUGGAAAUCUAAGGAGAUGCGCGUGAGGCAGCGAGCUGUGGCGUUGUAUUUCAUUGACAUACUGGCUCUAAGAGCUGGCAAUGAGAAGGAUGAAGAUCAAGCGGACACCGUGGGCUGUUGCUCACUGCGUGUGGAACACAUUCAGCUGCACAAGGAAUUGAAUGGGAAGGAAUAUGUUGUAGUAUUCGAUUUCCUGGGAAAAGAUUCCAUCAGGUAUUACAAUGAGGUGGAAGUGGAGAAGAGAGUGUUCAAGAACCUUGAGCUGUUCUGUGAGAAUAAGAAGGAUGGCGAUGACCUCUUUGAUCGACUCAAUACAUCUGUCCUCAAUGAGCAUCUCCGUGAUCUGAUGGACGGUCUGACCGCCAAGGUGUUCCGUACAUACAAUGCAUCGAUCACACUGCAGAAGCAAUUAGAUCUGCUGACGGAUCCGGAGGCCACCAUUCCUGAGAAGUUGCUGCAAUACAAUCGUGCAAAUCGAGCUGUGGCAAUUCUGUGCAACCAUCAAAGGGCCGUGCCCAAGUCGCAUUCGAAGAGUAUGGAGAAUCUGAAGGAGAAAAUCCGAGUGAAGAGGGAGCAAGUUGACGAUUGUGAGGAGGAAGUGAAGGAUUUGCAGAAGAUUGCGAAGCGUGGAUCAGUGAAAGAGAAAAUGGCAUGUGAUAAAAAGAAGAAGCAGUUGGAGAGAUUAAAGGAACAACUCCAGAAGUUGGAAUUGCAAGAGACUGAUCGUGAUGAAAACAAAACCAUUGCCUUGGGCACGUCCAAGCUCAACUACUUGGAUCCACGGAUUUCCGUUGCUUGGUGCAAAAAAUACGGGGUUCCAAUUGAGAAGAUCUUCAACAAGACUCAACGGGACAAAUUCCGCUGGGCCAUUGACAUGGCAGAUAAGAAUUAUCGUUUCUAAGAGAACGAGAAGAAACAUCUAGCGCUAAUUCUGAGGACAUUUAGUAAUUAAGUAUGGGAGAAAAUCUUGAAGAUUGUGAGAUAUAAGAGUAUCCUUAUCUUAGGUAAAAUACACAAGUUGAUUUUUAAAUUUAGUUGAAAGUUUAACUGCAGAAAGACCACAACUUAAAUCACUAGAUAAAUUCUAUUUUAUGACUUAAGUCGGUAAAAUUUAUUUCUUCUACACAUCUGCGUGUGUGUUGAAUUUCUUAUUGAAUGAUUUAUUUCUUGAGACAAAGUGCAAAAUAUCAGAUUUACCAAUUUGAAUAACAGUUCAUAAUUUUAUAGAGUGAUUCGGGCAGUAGACAGAGAAAGCAGGAUACGAAACAGAAGAAAUGGCUAACAAUAGGAUGAUAUACUUUAUAAGUGGAUAAUAAUUUAAAAGAGAAACAACACGUUAAAGAUAGUAAUUAUAAACAAUGGAGGAGUUGGACGAAUAAGAAAAGAGUGAACGGCUUAUUUCUUUCACCACGAAAAUAGUCCACACUUUAUUAGAAACUGUAAAUUAAAGAAUACACAGGAGAAAACAAUUUUAACUUAUUAGUUAGAAUAAUUUGAUUUUUUUAUAUUAACGACGCUGGAAAUUGAAUUGUAGAAUAUUUUGUCAAUGAUUUACUUUUGCAAUUGACGAUGAGUAGAUGCAGAAUCUUUGUCCUUAAUGCGAGUGAUUUUAUCAAAUUGGUCAAAAUUGACUAGAUAUGAGUAGAGAAUAAAUAAAAAUUAUAUGAGGAUAUCAAA